AAGAGUUAGCGCGUGCGGAACAACAGCCAUGGCAGACGAGGAAGAGAGGGUUCUGGAGAACCUACUGGAGCUUCAAUUGCAAGAGCAAAGAGAAUCUCUCUCUACCAUUAACGACGCUCUAGCCUCUGAGCCCAGCAAUACCGAGCUUCUCGCGCUUCACGAGGAGAUUGUUCAGGCGAUUAAAGAUGCCGAGGAAGGGCUGCUGAACCUGAAACGGGCACGGUUAUUACGAGAAGCUGAUUUAGUGCUAGAUGGUUCUGCUCAUGUUGAUGAGGGUGUUAAGGUGGAGACUAUUGAUCUAACAGAAACAGAUGUUGAGCCGGAGCCGCUGGAGGACCCGAGUUACCCUGUUGGGUCGAAAUGUAGGUUCCGUCACACUGAUGGACGUUGGUAUAAUGGUCAGGUUAUUGGAUUGGAGGGUUCGGAUUCUGCAAAGAUUUCUUUCCUCACUCCUACAUCUGAGAAUAUGAUGAUUUGCAAGUUCUUUCUUCAACAACGAUGUCGAUUUGGUACCAACUGCCGCUUAUCACAUGGAGUUGAUGUCCCACUUUCCUCACUGAGAAAGUAUAUCCCGACAAUAUGGGAGCAGUCACUGGUCGGGUCUAAUAUUUGGGCAGUAUCAGAUAGUAAAACUGGUGUGUGGAGGGAAGCUGAACUUGAAUCAUGGGACGGUGCACUUGGGGUUGGAAAAGUUGUAUUCCGAGAUGAUGGAAGCUCUGCAGAUCUUGGGGAGGACGCUAUAACAUUGUCCGAGCAUGCUCAGAUGAGCGAUGAAGAAGAAAGUGAUUCAAGCUCUGACCAAUCUGAUUCUAGUGACUAUGAAGAUGAAACCCCACAGGGUUUAGGAUUUCUUGAAAGCACAAUCCUCCAGAGGGGUAUUCAGACAGAAACUGCCAUAUUUGCAAAGUGGGAGAACCACACCCGUGGCAUAGCGUCCAGGAUGAUGGCCAACAUGGGUUACCUUGAAGGAACUGGUCUAGGUGCAUCUGGCCAGGGAAUUAUAGAUCCCAUCUCCGUGAAGGUCCUUCCGCCAAAGCAAUCUCUCGAUCAUGCAGUCAAAACCCGUGAAGGUGAAGAGAGUAAAGAGAGUAAAGAGAGCAAAGAGAAUCAAGGAAAGAAGCGUAGCAGGGGUGGUAAGAGGAAGCGUGAAAAGAAGUUUGCAGCACUGGCAAGAGCAGCAAAAGAAGAAGAGGAAUCAACACCAGAUGUCUUUAGUCUUAUUAAUAGCCAACUUGCAAAGCACGGUGAAGCAUUGAAUGGUAAAUCAGCGAAGAAGCAGCAGAGCAAUGGAUCAGGGGAGGGAAAGAAAGUUGAUAGGCGGGCUUUGGUUGCUUACGAUGAUGAAGUGAAGGACUUGAAGGCGCGAGUUGGGAAGCUUGAAGAAAUGGCAAUUAGAAACAAAAAUGAGAAGGUGGUUUAUGAUGCUGCGAUGAGGAAAUUGACGGAGACUCGCAACGCUUUGGCACAGGCAGAGGCCGCUCAAGCGUCUGCGUCGAAUGCGGUUGUCAGUAAGGAAAAAGAGAAGAGAUGGCUUAAAUUUUAGCCUUUGUAUUAUCUUGUGCAUCAUUUGUAAGCGUAUAAUGUAUGCUAAACUUUAUUUUACUUCGAAAAUUUCAUAGGUGUAGGAUGCGUUUUGACCCCUUGGAUUGUUGUACAUACAUUGAUCUCCUUUCCCCCCAGACUAACUAUGUUGUUAUUAAAAUCUCAAUGCUAUUAGUUUUGUUUUGUCAAA